AUGACUACCUCCCCACUAUCUUCAAGGCAAAUUACCCUCCUUAUGGCAGAGACUUCGUCAACCACCAGCCUACUGGCAGGUUCUGCAAUGGCAAAUUGGCCACUGAUAUCACUGCUGACACUCUGGGAUUCAAGACUUACCCACCAGCAUAUCUGA